GCAUUUUAUGCUUUUGAGGUGAACACGCUCCAGUCUGAGCAAUUCAAAAUAAAUGAGCAUUCCAUUUGUCAGGGCAGGCUGGAGCUUGUGCAGCUCAGACAUCCCUCUGGCUCUCGGCGUGUAGGUGCGGUGCCUCUCCGCUGCGCUGCAGCCGCUGUUGCUGCAGGGGGAGCAUUCGUCCAUCCACAGAGUGCUGCUGCUGCUGCUGUGUGCUGCGAUGUGCGGCGGCCGCCUUAUUAUCAGUCUACCCCAUUUGCUCCCUAUAUCUGGUUUUACUUCCAUCAGUCCGCCGCGGAACGGAUCCGUCAUCACAGGGGAGCGCAAUGUGCAGCAGGGAGGUGACACGUCUUGGAGCGCGUCUUAACUGAGAUGGAGCAGAAACUCAGAUGUACACAUCACUGCCUGCUUGGUUUCUGGAAAUGCUGGUUCCUCCCAACAAAGAUUAAUAAUUCUCUGACUGGAUCGAGCCACUGAGGUUUCAGUAUGCGGUCCCUGAGAAAGACGGUGCUGCUCGCCAUCCUGGUGUCUGUGGUGCUGGUCCUGGCUCUCCUCCACUCAUGGCCCACUCGUGCCUACAACACGGUGGACGUGUGGCAGCAUCUAGGGCCGACAGUGGAGAGGCACCUGGAGGAGAGGCUGCCAGAACUGGACCAUCAGUUAAGCAGCGUCCCCUUUCAUAUCAGGAAAAGUGUAGCAGGCUUGCUGGCACGCAAUGGGUGCGUUUGUGAGGGUGAGAGUCCAGGAGUAAACCUGCCCUUCGCCCAGCUGCUGUUCCCGCGGGUGUCAGCUCACUCUCUACACACGGCCUUUGACGCCUCUGAGCUGGAGGAAAUGAAGAUGAGACGAGCUAAAGAGUACAGAGGUUUCCAAAUGAGAUCCAAGACUGCUGCAGACACGCUCAUCAUCGCUGAGGCCAACAAUCCCCUGCAAUAUCCAACACAGGGGGUGGAAGUACGGCCCCUGAAAACAAUCAUCAUCCCAGGCUUGGCCUUACACGACCUACCCAGAGACAAUUACACAAUAAACAUUACUGCCACACUAGGAACACUAAACGUAGCAGCAGAAGUGGAGGGAGUGAAAAUAAAAGGUGAUGGAGGGAUGCAUAUGAGUCUGUCCAGCAGUUUGCUGCUGAACUUGAACCGACAGCUGCAGUUUGUCACCUACACAAACACAAUGUUUCAUCCCAACACUGCAGACACAGUGGAGCUUGAGACAGAAGGUCAUCAAGCUGCCUUCAGCAUCAAGAUCCGUCAUGGAGUAACUCCAAAACUUUACGACACUGGACCUCAGGAAGAGUACAACGUCAGUGCGCUUGUUACCGUAGCGACAAAGACCUUCCUGCGUUAUGAAAAGCUUCAAAAGCUUAUUGACAGUAUCAGAAAAUACUAUCCUGCAGUCACGAUAAUAAUUGCUGAUGACAGUGAGAACCCAAAAACCAUUUCUGGGCCUUACAUCGAGCAGUACAUCAUGCCUUUUGGGAAGGGUUGGUUUGCUGGACGAAACCUGGCUGUUUCUCAGGUCACAACCAAAUAUGUGCUUUGGGUGGACGAUGACUUCUUCUUCACGGCCAAUACCAAGCUGGAGAAGCUUGUAGAUGUUUUAGAGAGGACCACUCUGGAUCUGGUUGGGGGUGCAGUGCGAGAAGCUACAGGGUACACAGCUACUUACCGACAAACCAUCUCCAUCGAGCCAGGAGAGGAAGACGGAGACUGUUUGCACAUGAGAAGAGGAUUUCAUCACACAAUUGAGGGAUUUCCUAACUGCGUUGUGACGGAUGGGGUCAUUAAUUUCUUCUUAGCUCGCACGGAUAAAGUCCAGCAGGUCGGCUUUGACCCCCGUCUCGCCAGGGUAGCUCACCUGGAGUUUUUCAUCGACGGCCUUGGAUCUCUCCACGUUGGUUCCUGUGACGACGUCAUCAUCAAUCACGCAACCAAAAUCAAACUACCAUGGGUCACCCAGUCAGAAAGCGACAAGACAUACGCCAAGUUUCGCUACCCUCCAGCUUCCUCUGACGCCACACGUACAAAAAAUGGCCUCCUGUACUUCAAAAACCGGUUUCAGUGUUUGACUCGUAAUUAGCGUUCACAUCUCUCCUGGUCUCUCUGAAGGUUUGUCUGUUCUUCCUGAAUCUCCAAAGGCAUUUUUCUCCACCCUGCACUGACACAUAAAACUCGUGGCAGCUUGGUUUGUUCUGCUGUCACCUGCCUUUGAGGCAGUUCUGUAAAAACCUGAAGAGAGGAUUGAUGGGAUUUAUUUUGGAAAGACCUAGACAGUCUUCUUUUUCACAUUGUUUUCCUGUGAGAUAUGUGUUUUCUUGCUCGGGAAACCAAUUAUGACACGGAUGGAGUGAGAACAAGAACUCCAUUAUUGGUGUGAGACACUUCUCCGUAGGAGACAAUCCUGAAUUUUCCAGUGCCACAUGAAGAAUAUUCAGAUUCAAAGGUCUGGCUGCAGACUUUGGAGUGCUUCAGUUAUUUUUGUCACCUUUUUUCCACCUCCGUACCUACAGUCCUCCCUCAAAGCCCCGUCUGAGAGAGAGAAACUUCUUAAUCUGUCCAUCUGGAGCGACGGCUGCUGUAGAGAGAUCGGGGAGCAGCUUUGGUUGUUUGUCUGAAACCGUCUGGAGCUUUCCAGUUUGUGUGUUUGCAGCCCAGUGAAUGAAAGGAAAAAUGCAUCUUGAAAUGCUGCCCAAAAGGAAACAUGGAUGAACCAAAGUGCAUGUUAAUAUCACUCAAUAAAAUCAAUGACUAAUUAAAAAACAAGCAGGUAGAAUAACUAAUUGAGUUCUUGAAGCAAUUAGUCAGAGUCAGAAGAAAGCUGUGAGUGACAGAAACACGGAUAAUGUUUCUAUUCCGUUUAGGUACCGAAAGUCAAAGAGUGUGUGGUGCAAAGUUAUUAUACUUAACUAAAAUGAACAAAAUAACAAAAACUGAAAUUGAGAAAACAUUUUUGUUUACUGAAAUAAUAAGUAACAGGAACUAAACUGACUAAUUCAUCCUAAAUUUAUAGAUCUAAUGUCCUUCGCUUGUGUGUUCAUGAAUUGUUAUUUAUUUUUAUUUAUUAGCCAUUCCAACUGAUGUGAAAUCGAUUUUUUUUACCCCUCACACAAGCAUUUCAAUUACGGCACUCCAUACUCCUCCAUGGCGCCGGGCCCUUAGCCCACGGAUUGGCGACAGCAAAAGUUGUAAGACAUUGAGUAAUUUUUUUCAAAAUGGCAUGUUCUGUUGAGUGUUCAUUAUACAAUCAAUGUAUACAUAAUCAAUAAUUUGACCUCUUUGAAUUCUGCACCUAAAAAUGAACCAAAGUAUGAAGAACAAGAACUACUCCUGUAAUUUAUAGAAGCUAAACAGACACUGAGCAAUAUUUAACUGUUGUUUAUAAACUAAGCAACAUACCAUAAAAAUUCAUUACAUUAACAGAAGUAGACAAACAAAACGUCACAACAAAAUAAAGCUAUAAUAUAAUUAAAAACAAUUUAAAAAGAUGUCAUAACCCUGCUGUGGUUGAAGUAAUGAUGCCAUAAUUUUUAUCAUGGCCUCUAGGUGGCUCUCUUGAACCAUUUCACCGAUUUCUUGACGCAUAGAAUAUGCCAUUUGUAAAAACAUUUUAUUUUAACUAUUCAGGAUAUUUUUCUGUCUUGUUAUUUAUUUGUUUCUUGUUGGCAAACGUGUUAUUUCUGAUGACACAAAGAUUACAACAUUAACAAUACUGUUAGCUAAGACUUCUGCACAGUCCUGUUUUGUCUCAUUUCAGAGUUUGUAACAUAAUUUGCCCACAGAUUUGAUCUUUUGCAAAGCUGCAUUUGUUGUCUUGACACAAAUGUAUUGUUUUAUUUCCUUUAAACUGUCCCACCCAUCACUCUAAAAAAAAAAAAAAAAUUACCAGUACACAACUACUGAAAUGGAAAGUUUUCUUUUACAGCAUUACGAGCCAUUUUUAUUUCAAAUGAUGCUAAAUGUCAAUAGAAAAAAAAUUGUUUUAUAUAUUUUUGAUUGAUUUUAAGGUAUGAAGAUGUACACCAUAUUACAGCACCCUUAACAAAUACUGUAUUUGUACGCCUGCUAAGGAUUUCCACACGAGCCUUAAAAUAAAUGGUGGUUAGGGAAAUCAUG